CUUGCGUAAUGUUCAUUGGCUCUAUCCUUUGCUUUUCAUUUUUGUUUUCCGGUGCUGUCUUCCUCCUCCCAGAUGGUGAGGGGAGGGAAGGUUGGUUGCAAGAGGAACUUCAACAGAAGGGUUCGUUCGAAAGACAAGGGUUCCGAUGACUCAGAUGAGGAUUAUGUGGUUUCGAAUGAAGAAAACGAGUUCUCAGAUGGUUGGGACGAGGAUUAUUGCUUUGCUGUAGAUGGGAAUGCAUCAGAAGAGAGUUAUGGAAGUUUUGUAAAAGAGGAGGAGGAAGAAGAAGAAGCGUACAAGGAAGACGACGACGAUGAUGAAGAAUAUGAUGAAGGAGAAGAAGAGGAGGAGGAGGUGAGGAGGGUUGUUGAACCAAAGGUCAGAUCAAAAGCACAAAAGGUUAAUUCGAGUCACAAGAAAGGUGGGGUGAAAACAGCAAGAAAGAGGGGAAGAGUUAUAUAUGAUGAGGAUGAAGAAUAUGAUGAAGGAGUAGAAGAGGAGGAGGAGGAGGAGGAAGAGGAGGAGGUGAGGAGGGUUUUUGAACCAAAGGUCAGAUCAAAAGUGCAAAAGGUUAAUUUGAGUUGCCAGAAAGUUGGGGCGAAAACAGCGAGAAAGAGGAGAAGAGUUAUAUUUGAUGAUGAUGAUGAUGAUGAUGAUGAAGAAUAUGAUGAAGGAGAAGAAGAGGAGGAGGAGGAGGAGGAGGAGGUGAGGAAGGUUGUUGAAUCAAAGGUUAGCUCAAAAGUGCAAAAUGUUAAUUCAAGUCACCAGAAAGGUGGGGUGAAAACAUCGAGAAAGAGGAGAAGAGUUAUAUAUGAUGAUGACGAAGAUGGGGAUGAGGAUUAUGAGGUUGAGGAGGAGGAGAAGGAUGACGAUUUUAUGCUGGAUGAAGAUAUUUGUUCGGAUGAAGAAGAGGAAUUGGGGGGGAGAAAGAGGAGAAAUAAUAUGAAAGUGGGCAAGAGAGGUUGGCAGGAAAAGAAUUCUUUAAGGGGUCAAAAGGGGAAGAGGAAAUCUAAAGUUUUGAAGAAGCCUUUGAGAAAGAAAAGAAGAAAGAAUGGUGGGUUGAGGAGGCAAGUGCAAUAUGAGAAUGGUUGCAAUGGUGGUAUUGAGUUCGUUAAUAAUAGAUCAAUUGUGAGAGAAAAGAGCAAGAAAAACCCGGGUCCAAAAAAGAGGAGGUAUAUUGCACGUUCAGAUUCAGAUUUCAUGUCUUCUGGAUCAUCAGAUUAUGACUAUACUCUUUCUGAGGAAGAGAAGCAUACCAUCUCUGAAGAAGAGAGACAACAAGUGAGAGAAGCCAGGGAGUUCUGUGGAAAUUUAAGAAGUAGCUUGAGGAGCUCAUCUUUACCGUGUGGAAUUCAGGAGGUCCGGGAUUUUCAUCAACAAAGAAAACCUCAGGUAGGGAAGGGUAAGGAGAAGUUAGAGGAACCUCUGGGAAAGAAGGGUAAGGAGAAGGUGGAGGAAGUGAGGACCGAGCUGGGAAAGCAAGUGUGUGGAAUUUGCCUGUCUGAAGAAGAUAACAGGAGAGCGAAGGGAACACUGGACUGUUGUUCUCAUUAUUUUUGUUUUGCUUGCAUCAUGGAGUGGGCAAAAGUGGAAUCUCGCUGCCCUUUAUGCAAGCAGAGGUUCAAGACAAUCAGUAAGCCUGCAAGGUCGACUGCAGGAAUUGAUUUGAGAGAAGUGCUGAUUCCGGUCCCCGAGCGUGAUCAGGUUUAUCAACCCUCUGAGGAAGAAGUCAGGAGUUACCUUGAUCCAUAUGAGAAUGUGAUUUGUACUGAAUGCCAUGAAGGUGGGGAUGAUGAUCUCAUGUUGCUGUGUGAUGUCUGUGAUUCACCUGCACACACCUAUUGCGUUGGUCUCGGACGGGAAGUACCUGAUGGUAAUUGGUAUUGUGAUGGUUGUAGACCCGUUGCUCUGGCAUCGUCAAGUUCCCAAGUGCAAGAUCAUAUGCCUGAUCAAAGGACUAGAAGCAACAUCAUGUCUAAUCGGCCACCACAAUUUGUAAAUGUAAGGGAAGGUUUAGAUCUCAAUUUAUUGUCCUCACCUCUUACAACAUUUUCCCAAGGAUUUGGGAAUCUUUCGUCCCCCAGACUUCCCGUUGGAGAUUCUCGAGCAGCUUCUCCAGUAUCUGGAGCAGGGGCACCAACUCUUUCAGGGAGACGCUGGAUACAUCGUCAAAUACAACAUCUCAUUUCCUUUAAUCGAAUGAAUUCUAUGGCUGGUAGAACUGAUGGGACUCCAGCGGCUAAUUCAAGAGACUUUUCAAGUUCUCAAAGUAAUCAAGAUCAAGACAGGGAUACUACAACUCAACACACAAGAACGCAAGAAAUGGGGUCAUCAUAUCAUACAUUCUUUGAGGAUAGGUUACAGGACAGUCCCUCUCCAUCAUUUCAAAAUAGGGAUUUCUUUUCCUCGAGAUUAAGCUUUUUAAGAAGGCAAUCAGCUCAAGACCAGACUAAUAUGACUACGGAAAGGUCUUCUUUGAAUGGAACGUUAUGGCCUGAACCUUCAGGGAUGGAUCCAAUUCCGGGUUAUGAGCAACUCCAAUACAACAGAUCAUCAAAUAUUGGGUCUGAUGGUAGUUUGUCACCUUAUACAGUUAGAGAGGGGAUCGAGCUUCACACGGCUAAAGAACAAGUGCAAUCUAUGGUUAGAAAACACUUGAAGAACUUGUCCCAAGAUAUUGAUUUAGGUCACAGUACUUUUAAGGACAUUGCAAGAAGUUCUACACAUACCAUAGUAGCUGCAUGCGGCAUCGAGCAUAGGAGGAGCGAGGUUUAUUGCCCUGUUCCUCCGCCAUCAGUCUGUUCCCACAUUGAAUUAAUGGCAGGUGGACAGACAAGUCUGAUGAAAGGUUGUUGCUCUUCUUGCUUCGAAUCUUUUGUAGGGGAUGUAGUGAAGAGGAUCAUGGACACAAAAAUGCCACCAUGGUUGAGUCUAGGCCUUUAGGGGUUGAAGCUGCCGGCAUGUCUUCUGCGCAACCUUUUUUUACUAAUGCUAGGAAUUAGAGAAGAAUCUGUGGAUAAAAGUGUUCAUAGUGAUGAUUCAUCGACAUUUAACAAAGAAAACUAUUCUUAUUGGAUCGUGUUAGUGUUAAUAUAUAGAUAGAAACUAAAUUUUCUACUA